CGGACAGAGGCCUAAACGGACCGAAACCCUGGAUAUGGUUUGGAAAUACAUUGGAGGAAUUGUUUCGUCCGAUUUCGGUCAUCGAUAGAGAGAGACGUCAAAAAUAUGGACCGACUUAUGGUCUAUUUGAAUCAAAUGAGCCAAUUAUGAUGACAUCGGAUCCGAAGUUAAUCAGAAAUAUUUUGAUCCGAGAUUUUAAUGCAUUUCGUUUGAUACCAACAUUGGUUACACCGGCCGAUCAUCCAGUCUAUGGCAAUGUCAUCGACAAUACUGGCGACGCUAUUUGGCUACGCAUACGAUCCGUCAUUAGGACACUGUUUACCGAUAAAAAACUCAGAUUAUUGGUUAAAAAAGUUGAAUACAAUUUAAUGGAUUUAACCAAUGCUUUGGACGGAUUGGUAGGUCAGACUUCAAUCAACAUUAAAAAGGUGUUUAUCAAUCAGUCGAUAGAUUUGAUGGCAAAUGUUAUGUUUUCGUGGAAACAAAAUUCAUUCGUCGAUACAAAUAAUAAAUUCAAUCAACUAAUUAAACGUCUAUUGUUUCCAUCAAAAUAUCGUAUAUUAGCUAAUCUAGUGCUACCAAAAUUUAUGCUACAAUUUCUCAAUUUGUCAAACAUUAUACCAACAAAUGGUUUAAACAAAUUCGCUGAUCUAACUGUUGAAGAGUUAGAUAAACGUAAAUCAUUGACCACUGAUAUCAAUGAAGAUUUUUUUCAAUGGAUGCUAAAUAGGUGUACAGAAUUCAUCGGCAAUACAGACAACAACAAAACAAUUGAAACAACAGAAUCGGAUCAAAUGAUGAGCAAAGAUGAAGUGAUGGCCAAUAUAUUUGCACUAUUCUAUGGGGCGUUUGAAACACAUUACACUUAUAUGACAUUCAUUAUCUAUGAGUUGGCCGUCAAUCCCGAGUGUCAGCAAAAAGUUUACGAAGAAAUUAUGACCUGUUAUCGGGAUUCCCAUAACAAUAGUCGUACUGCAAUUGACGGCCAGUUGUUUGAUUGGGAAUCACUGGUCAAACUGGACUAUUUGAAUGCCUGUAUAUCGGAAACAAUGAGAUUACACGCGGCUGUCAUUAGAGAAGAAAGAAUAGCCAAACAGGACUAUACAGAUGAGACAACAGGCCUUAUCAUUAAAAAGGAUCAUAUGAUACAGAUUUCACGUACAGCAGUACAACGCUGUCCCGAUUAUUACGAAAUGCCCGACCAGUUCAUACCCGACCGGUUCCUCAAACAAAACAAACACCAAUUGGUUGACUCAGCAUUUCUACCGUUUGGUUUGGGACGUCGUAUGUGUCCCGGCUAUAGAUUUGGACUGAUGGCCAUCAAAUUGACCAUGGCACAUUUGUUGUUACGAUACAAGUUUGUAAAACUUAAUAAUAACCAAACCAAAUGUUGA